UGUGCCUCUUUCUGCAGAAUUUCCAAUCCAAAUAUAUAGGGGUCUGGUAGCUAGGAGCUGCUCCUUGUUUUCUUCCAGACUGUUCACAAAGUUUGUCAGAGUCUGAUUGUAAAGCUACUCAGCAAUUUAGCUUUUCAGGCAUUUACUGGAACUUGCUGCAUUUUUGUUCCAAAGCUCAGGAGCAGAUCCGCCUUAAUAAAAGGAAGAAUUAUGUAUAAGAUGGGACUCAGACACCUUGUUCUCCUGACACUGGCAGUGUUCCUCUGUAUUUCAGCCCAGACAGAUAACAUUUCAGAUGAAGUUGAACUGGUAACACUUGCAGGUGCUGAAGACAAAAAUGAUUCGAUGAUGUUUGCAACCUCAAUACCAGAAACUGAAGUUUUUGACAUUGAUGAAGACAGCAAUGAAUCAAGCAUCACAUCUUCAGCAGAGUCAAAUUCAACCGAGGAUGCCACACUUGACAUUAAUGAUGUCGAAGGCAAGGACUUCCUAGAAAUGCUCACCCUAAUUGGGAUAAUAGUUGGUGCCAUUGUAGCUGUGAUCAUUGUCCUAACAAUUAUUGUUGUCAUCAUUAAGAAAAUUUCCGGUGGAUACUCGCCCUGAGCCACAUAGCUGAGCAGAGAUGACUAACUGGUGGUUCUGAAGUGAGAAUGACGUCAUUUAUAACAGGAUAACUGGAGUCACUCAAAUAAAAUUUGAGUCAAAUUUCAUCAACUUUAUUUUGGAGCGAGCAACUGUCUGACUCUGAGAGCUGGGUGAAAUCUGCAUUCUGCUAAAGCCUUGAGUUGGGAACACAGGGAAGGGAGAGUUGUGGGAGGAGCUGGGGGGAUUUAUCAUUUUAGAUCCAAUAAUAUGUAUUUUACAUGGAACCACUGAGAGUGUUACUCAGUAAAGUACUUAAAAGUUUCCUUCAGGUAUUUUGUUCUCCAUUAUCUUUAUUCUUUCUACCCCAAUGAAAGUGGACACUUCAGGAACAGCUUGAUGCUCCGUUGAGUUUAGGGUAACGGGAUAAAUUAUUGGACAAGUAUUUGGAGCACUGAACAGCAUCUGGUUUAUGCUGUGCCCUGCAUAGAAUGUUUGAUGUUCUCACUAAAUGGGUGAGCAUUGAAAAAGAAAAGAAUACUUCCUAAAUUACAGCAGAUUGUGAUUCACAGAACUCAUUGAAUAGUAAUUAAUUCCACAGCUUUAGUCAGUUAACUGGAGAUUCCUGUGAUCCUGUUGCUGACUGCUCUGACUGCUGUAGAACACACAGAGCAGAGGGAAUGGACCAAAUAACUUUGUCUUUAAGCACUUUAUUUGCCUUGAGUUAAAGCUCUCAGUGGCUGGAGACACUGGGGAUUUUCUCCAGGUUCAUUUUAUGGGAAAUAUCUCUUAGGAAAAACGAACUGUUUCCAUAUUCAUGUGCCGAAUUUAGUCCCUUCUAUUAAUGAGCAGGAUGGCAGAUUUUCACUCGUUUUCUUUACGUAUGUUCUCAUCUAUUAACCGGAAUCUAUAAAUGGCUGACUCUGUUGCAGGACUCCAUGUACGGUCAUAAUCUUGCUUCAGGAUGUGUUAGGGACACCGACAUUGACAGGGUUUUGAAUAAGAUAUGAUUUCAUACUGUAAACAAUUGCCAUAACAUGAGUUACAUUCAACAAAACAAUGUUUUUAUAAUUUUUUUUGUUUUUAGCAAUUAAAGUUAUUGUUACCAAAA